AUGGGCAACGCAUGCCGCGGAUCUUUUGGAGGAAAAUAUUUAGACGGGUAUACAGAGCCCAUAGAAUACUCAAGGCGUAACAACAACUAUAACGCCUUCAAUAAUCACCAUCACCAUUCAGAUUCUGAUAAUUCACCAACCAGUUUCAACUCCCACCAUAAUCAUAGCCCAAGAAAACCUCCAAAAACUUCUUUAUUUAGUCCAAGAGGUACCAGUAUGAGGAGAGGGUUGGAAAACCAAGCUUACUAUGUAUUGGGUCACAAGACUGCCAACAUUCGUGAUCUCUAUGCAUUUGGUCGUAAAUUAGGACAAGGACAAUUUGGUACUACUUAUCUGUGCACUGAAAUAUCCACUGGUAAUGAAUACGCAUGUAAAUCUAUCUCAAAAAGGAAAUUGAUUUCUAAAGAAGAUUUAGAUGAUGUGCGGAGGGAAAUUCAGAUAAUGCACCAUCUUUCUGGUCAUAAGAAUAUUGUGACCAUCAAGGGUGCUUAUGAGGAUUCGUUGUAUGUGCAUAUUGUCAUGGAGUUGUGCUCUGGAGGUGAAUUGUUCGAUAGAAUUAUUCAGAGGGGACAUUAUAGUGAAAGGAAGGCUGCUGAAUUGACUAGGAUUAUUGUGGGUGUUGUUGAGGCUUGUCAUUCGCUUGGAGUCAUGCACAGGGAUUUGAAACCAGAGAAUUUCUUGCUUGUGAAUAAGGAUGAUGAUUUUUCUCUGAAAGCUAUUGAUUUUGGGCUCUCUGUUUUCUUCAAGCCAGGUCAGAUUUUCAGUGAUGUGGUUGGAAGCCCAUAUUAUGUUGCUCCCGAGGUACUUUGCAAGCAUUAUGGGCCAGAAGCAGAUGUCUGGACGGCAGGAGUGAUACUCUAUAUAUUGCUGAGUGGUGUGCCACCUUUUUGGGCAGAAACACAACAAGGGAUAUUUGACGCGGUGUUGAAGGGAGUGAUUGACUUUGAUUCUGAACCAUGGCCUUUAAUUUCUGACAGUGCCAAGGAUCUUAUUCAGAAGAUGCUUUGUUCUCAACCUCAAGAUCGCUACACUGCUCAUGAAGUACUGUGUCAUCCCUGGAUUUGUGAAAAUGGGGUCGCUCCUGACCGUGCAUUAGAUCCAGCAGUUCUUUCUAGGCUGAAACAGUUUUCCGCAAUGAACAAGUUGAAGAAGAUGGCUUUGCGGGUAAUAGCUGAAAGUUUGUCAGAGGAGGAGAUUGCUGGUUUGAAGGAGAUGUUUAAAGCAAUGGAUACUGACAACAGUGGUGCAAUCACAUUCGAUGAAUUGAAAGCUGGCCUGAGAAGAUAUGGCUCUACAUUGAAAGAAUCGGAGAUUCGCGAUCUUAUGGAUGCAGCUGAUGUAGACAAUAGUGGGACAAUCGACUACGGUGAGUUUAUUGCUGCUACGGUUCAUCUUAACAAGCUGGAACGUGAGGAACACCUAGUUGCUGCAUUCGCAUACUUUGACAAAGAUGGGAGUGGUUACAUUACUAUUGAUGAACUCCAACAAGCUUGUGUGGAUCACAACAUGACAGAUGUUGUUCUUGAUGAUAUUAUCAAAGAAGUUGAUCAAGAUAAUGAUGGGCGUAUAGACUAUUCGGAAUUUGUGGCUAUGAUGACCAAGGGCAGUACAGGAUUCGGAAGACGAACCAUGCGAAACAGCCUGAAUUUGAGUAAUAGGGAUUCACCACGAGCGCACAAGGAUUCGCCACGAGCGCACAAGGAUUCACCACGAACCCAUAGAGAUUCUCCACGAGCACAUAGGGAUUCACCAUGCGCCCCUUAGCUUUCAGUCACAAAUAUACUUUGUACAGAUUGUACAGCAACAACAGAAAGGAGGAAACCGACAGGCAAUGGCUUUGAAGAAGUGCAAUUUUGGUUCUUUCCCAGCUAGGGAACCUCAUGGAAGCUUUUCUGAGAGGAAAUUCUGUGAUAAGCUGCUUAGCGCUAUGUCCCCGGCGUCAAAUUGUUGCUGAAUGAUUCAAAGAUUUUCUUACAAGAUUAUACAACUACAUUUGUGUGUUUUAAGUGUUGUUCUUAUUUGUGUUUCCUUGGUUUUUUUGAAUUUUCAUCAGGACUUGAGUUCUAUUUUUGAAAACCGACUCAGAAAAAGGGUUCCAAAACUUUAUACAAUAUGGUUUACUUACCUUCGCCGAAGUGUUGAUAUACGGCUUUUACUAUGUAUCAGUCUGAUGUACAGUGUGGAAUUUUUGGACAAGCACAAAGCAUGACAUUCUUUCAAUUAUAUCAAAUAGUUAGCACUGU